ACCUGCGUCUUUGAAGCGCCCUUUCUGUUCCAACCUGAAGUGCCGAUACCAAUAAGGUUAAUGUUUUUACUAUGUCAUAGUGAAGAAUAUGAAUGAAGUCCACUUAUUUCAAUAUUCAGGUAAUCAUUCUGUUCAUAUUAUCAUUGAUACCAUGGCCAGGGCCCUCGGUUUUCAAGAUAUCUUGCCCAAGAGAUAAUGCUCGGAUAGUUAGAAAGAUAAUACAAACAAAAUGGCUACCUGUUCUAGACAAAUUCAAAGUCACUCUACCUUUAGAAUGUCCUUUUCAUCCUAUGAGGGACAUAUUCGGACCACAACAAGCGGCCAAGAAACAGCACAGAGCCUCUCAAUGGACGUGUGGUAUUUGCGGGAAGUCUUUCUUCGAAGAAAAAUAUCUAGAUAUGCAUUUUGACAAUCGACACAAAGAAUAUAUAAAUAUGGCCGAAGAUGCAGUGUGCCUUGCUGAUUAUUGCGAUAUUAUGAGAUGUGACGUCUUGAUGACCCAAGAUUUCAAAUCUGUCUAUCCAGAACACGAAAAUACUGAUAUUGAAAUUUGGCGGGAAGCCUCUGCUUACUCCAAAGCACUAGCAACAUCGAGUCCCAGACACGUAGCGAAGUACACCUUUAAAAAUGGAAAUUACCCUCAUUUACAAAAACAACCGCAGUCAGACGUUAAUCUUAAGAAACAUUGUCAGAAAAUGGAAACGUCCGAGUCCAAUAAUAGUAACGAGGACCGUAAUACCAACGAAGAAGACAAAUCUCAAAAUACCUCCAAUAAUAUCUGUCAAAACGAUUUAGUAGAUUCCGCUCUCCCCGCACCCGAUAAUAGGCAACAACGAAUAGCCGAAUUACAAAAACUCAAAGCGCACUGCAAACCUGAAGAACUACAAAAAAUCAAAACCAAAUGUGAAAUACUAGUUAGGGACUGCAUAGCUGGACUGCUAAUUCAGCUUUCUUUAAAAGAUUUCAAAGAAGUUGAGGAUGAACUGAACAGAGCAGUAUGCUGGUACCUUACUUGUGAUAGAUAUUGGGAAGACUCGCAGUCAGACAUUCGAAGUUUUCCAUGGGGUCUACUUUGCAUGAUCAUCAUGGUUACCUCUUUGGGAAUAUGUCUGUGCUACUAUGUUAUUUGGGUCUUAUUUGAUAAAAACUUUUUCAGUACUGAUGACGUCAGCGUUACCAGUACUAGCAUUACCGACAGGUCCACACCGUCUCCUGCGCAUGCGCUUCGCCACGACAUGCAAGCUUCGAUGGACGGCCAUCAAAUGUAUCCAGAGGAUUACUACUUAGCGCCUGAUAAAGAUAACGAAUAUAUCUAUGUCACCUAUCCUCCGGAUUUGAAGAGGAGACUUCUUGAAAGCUGCUACAAUCGAACUACCCGCUUGUGAGAAAUAGUUACAAGAUUAGCUAGAAAUAUUUUUUAAUAGCAUUCCUGCCGAUCUCUCUUAAACCAUCUUCAAGUUUUCGUACAAAACGUAGAUUAGUUCAAGUUUGUACAAUUAGUUCUGCCAAAAAUUAUCUUUGUAUAGUAACCUACAAAAUACAAUGUACCAAUUUUUCAUCAAGUACCUUAUUAGAUUUUGCAAUUAGUGCAUACCAAAUAUUAUUAUAUUAGUUACACUCGUUAUGUAAUAGUGACUUUUAGUUAUUAAAAGUCAGCAUUGUGUAUAUUGUUGUUUGAUAUUUAAAAGACAGGUGUGAUGUUAAUAUAAAUAUUAUAUAACUUUCAUUUGAUUAUUUCGUUUAUAGAGUUUCUGACCAAUAGAAACUUACAAAAAUAAAAACUUCAGCGAUUAUUUUUUAAUGAUUUUAAUUUCCAAUCAUGUAGUAAGAUUUUUCAUCACGUGUUUAAUUCUGAUCAAUCAGAUUAUUAUUAUACUGGGUAUAAUCUACUUACAUUAUUAUACUGAGAAUAAAUUUUAAUUAUUUUGUUUCUGUUUAAUUACAAAGAACAACGAGUUUUCUAGUUUUGACAACUGUCAUAUUUAAGAAAAGAAACUAAAUGAAUGAGCCCGAGUGUAAUUCGGUAAGAUUUUUUUAAUGAAUAAAACUGUAUUUAUUAAAUAAUUUUAACUAAUAUUUUAUUGAUAUCAUCGUCUGAAUAUUUGCUAAAUCUGUUCAUGCUGUUCACUUUGAAAAGUUAUAAAAUUUUAAUUGUGAUAAGUGUCACUGAAGAUAAAUCUCUGGAUUAUCUCUACUCAAAAGAUAACUCCCGAAACAGGUCGAUUUUGAUUUUUAAAUUACAAUUUGUUAGCAUAUAUAUCAUACUAGUGACGUCAUCCAUCUGGGCGUGAUGACGUAAUCUAUGAUUUUUUUAAAUGAGAGUAGGGGUCGUGCGAUAGCUCAUUCGAAAGGAUAUUUAAUUCUCUAUUCACUAAUUUAACAUAACUAUUGUUUAGUUUUUACUAAACAUUAACAUAACUAUUUAUACAGGCCGCCUAAAUUUUUUUUUAAUUGAGACAAAAAGAAGAAUGUAAUAUAUUUAAUGCAAAAUACAAAAAACAGAAAAAAAUAUAAAUUUGAAAAAUAAACAUUCCUUUUCGCUUAAACUAAAUGUUCAAACUGCUAAGAAGCAGGUGGGUGGCAACUUUAGUAUUGAAUUUAAGCGAAAAACAAUAUUUAUUUAACAAAUAAACAUUUUUUCCUGUUUUCGGACAGCAGUAAAAUGUAUUUCAAAUUAAAUAAAUUAUAUAUUCUUCUUUUUGUCUCAAUUAAUUUAAUUAAAAAAAAAUUGUUGAGGACCCAGUAUAAAUAAAUAUGUUAAUGUUUAUAUUACUGAAUAGAGCAUUGAAUAACCUUUCGAAUGAGCUUAUCACACGACCCCUAUUCUCAUUUAAAAAAAAUCAUCGAUUACGUCAUCACGCCCAGAUGGAUGACGUCACUAGUAUGAUAUAUACACCAAAAAAUUAUAAUUUAAAAAUAAAAAUCGGCCUGUUUCGGGAUUUAUCUCCAGAGUAGCCUGUUCUCGAGAAAAUGAAUUUAUUCCAACUCAAACGUCCUCACUGUAUUUAGAAAUUCUUGAGUAUUUAAAACUAUCUUUUGUAAAUGUCUUUUCUUUCCUCUCCUUUUCUCUAUAUUUCUUGCUAAAAAGAAAAUCCCUUUAUUAUCUACAAAUGAACCUUUUUCCCAGUAGCUACACAAUUUGUUUAUCUUAAAUUUUGUAGUAUCGAGAAUGAGAUAUGAAAAUGCAGAUAUUAAAGUUAGUGCGACAUGUAUAAAAGGGCGUCACUAUUACAUAACGGGAUCAAAUUCAAAAACACAUUUAAACCUAACAUAUUUUGGAAAUAUUGGAAGAGCUAUUAUAUUUAAAAAACUGAAAUAUCUUCUUCAUUCUGUCUAUUUCAUCUUCUUAUUUAUAUAUUUUUUACGUUACCUAUAAUACAAAAUCUAGUCGAAUAAUCCUGCAGAUAUCCGUUUCCUAGAAAUUAUUAGCUUCAAUUACGUUUAAUUAGGUAUACAGGGUUUCCAAAAACUCUCCUGACAAACGAAGACCGGAGAUUCCUCAGAUUAUUUUAAGACAAUUUAACCUAGUCCGAAAAUACUUCCUAAGCUAAGGGAACUAGAGCUCUUUAAAGAUGGUCUGCUACAGACCGGUCUUUGCAUGAUGACAAAUUCUAAGCAACUUUUGUUCUAUAGAGUUUUUUCACUAAGUCAAUACUUUUCAAGUUAUUUGCGAGUGAAUAUGUUAAUUAUUAAAUUGUAGCUAAUGAAAAGUAUGUUUUUUCUCGUCAAAUUCCAAAUCGAAUAUUUCAACGUGAAAUAACCAAAAAACGGAACACUUUUCGGUGAAAACGCAUUACAACUUUUUUAAAGUGGUAAAAAGGGUUAUUUUUGUUUUAAAAAAAAACUUCUAACAUUAAAAGUAAGUGAGUUCAGCUCAAAAUAUUGUUGGUCCUUUUUAUUUUUUGGUAAAAAGAAUCGCGAAAAUCACCCUCUAAUUAGCAUCCUAAAUAAAAUUAAUCCUUACCGCUACACAAGUUACUUUGCUAAUGUAUUCUUUAUUAUGAUCUGUAAGUUUCAUCGGUUCAAAGUGCUUGCUUUUGAGAAGGCUGUAGUUAAAAUGGCUUGAACGAGUCACUAAUCCCGAGUGUAUGCAAAUUUUGAACAGCCAUGGCAUAAUCAAUUUUUGUCUAACAGGAAAACGAGAAAUCCAAAAUAUUCAGAAAAGUAAAACGUACAUUUUAUUACUCUUUGAGAUUUUUGGUAAUACUAAUAAUUUUUAAGUUAUUUUGAAAAAAAAUUUGGAUUUUUUUCAAAAUUAAAAAAAAAUAUUUUAAAACCAAUUUUUUUCAAAAAUAAGAACUUUGAACCAAUGAAACUUAUUAUAGAUCAUAUAAACAAUACAUAAGUAAAGUAACCCGUGAAGCGGUAACGAUUAAUUUUAUUUGGGUGCUAAUUAGGGGGUGAUUUUCGCGAUUCUUUUUACCAAAAACUAAAACGGACCAACAAUAUUUUGAGUGAAAGUCACUUACUUUUAAUGUUGGAAGUAUUUUUUAACAAAAAUAUACCUUUUUACUUUAAAAAAGUUGUAAUGCGUUUUCCCCGAAAAGUGCUCCGUAUUUUGUUAUUUCACGUUGAAAUAUUCGAUUUGGAAUUUGACGAGAAAAAAACGUACUUUUCAUUAGCUACAACUCUGGUUUCACUGGGUCUACAGACUUCAUGCAUACAACAUUUUUUCACUUUUUUAUAAGCUAUAUUUUGCUAAGUAUAGAACAAAAGUUGCUUAGAAUUAGUCAUUUUAUCCAAUUCCGGACUUAUUUUGAAUGUAUUUUUCUUAGACCAUAAAAACUGAUAGACACGCCGUAAUGCUAUUCUCUCUUCUCGAAGAGUGAAGCCAACAUAAAACGAUUCACACAGCUGUGCGUGACGUCAGUUUACGGCAGAAAACGUUUGCCGUAUUAGAGAUUAGAAGUGCUUAUAAUAGGCGUUGUAAACUUUUUAAAGUGUUCCAAUUUAAAAAAUUUCAAUACACUAAUUUUUUAAUUAUGGUGUUAUCUUGCACAGCAUUUAAUUGUACGCAAGGACAAAAAAAGGGGAAAACAGCUAAAAUCCAGUUUACAGCAGCAUAAUAAACAAGCGAUUUUUCAAAAAACUUACGAAUUUAUAAAGUAUCCUAAUUCACUCAAAUAUUCCAACAAUGGUGAACCACUGCAUCUAAGCAAAAGAAAAACGGAUUUUAUUGGUAUGAUCAUUAAUUUAAAGUCACUAAUGCGAAUUUGGAAAAAUUACGUGAAGGAUAAUAUGGAUGGAGGUCUGAAGUAUCUUUCGUCUUUCGGCCUAUAAACUUUCUCAGGAUCAUUUAGAAGUUUUCUUUAGUUCUAUUAUAGGAGUCAUGGAAGUUACAACAACAACCCAACUGCAAAACAAUUUAAAGAUGGAUAUAAAAGACUCUUACUGCACACAAGUGUUACAGGAUCUACCCAGGCUAAUUGUAUAGAACAGGCACCUUCCACAUUUUUAGCAAUGAGCAGAACAAAUACUGUGAAAAUGAAAACUGUUGAUCAUACUGAUGAAAAUAAUAGGGAAAUAAUAACUAGUAACCAUGAUUAUACUGUAAAUAAUUUAAGUUUUUCAAAAACAUUCAUCUUAUGUUUGUGAUGUUGUUGACUAUAUCGCUGGGAUUGUAGUUACGAAAGUUAAGAAAAUGUGAUAAUUUACAAUGUCCAUUCAUAAGACACAAAAAUUAUAGCAUAUUAUCAAAAAAAUUUUUAAUUCAACCUUCUAAAGACGUCAUUCAUAUUUGCAAAAUUGCUGAAAGCGAAAUUAGAAUUAUGUAGGUACAAUUCAAAAAAAUUGAAUGAUUCUAAAUUAAUGACAAUAUUGAUCUUAAACGUGCAUGGUUCUGUGUUUAACGAAUACAAAGAACAUAAUAUGUGAUCAUGAUUUUGAAAUAAACCAAAUAAUGUAAUAAAAGUUAGAAGUAAGUUAACAAAAGCUAUUUUGUUUUGUGGUCAUUAAUUAAUAGAUUUCCUACAUAUUUUUUCACCUAACCUGAAACUUCACCCAAAAGAAAAUUACUCUCCUUUAAAUUUAUUUUUGAUUAUUAAACAAGAAGAGAUAUACCAAUGAUAUACUUUCAAAUAAAACAUUUAUUUUUACAAAAUAAAUUACUUUAAGUCAAAAAUAUUUAUUAAUUACUUUGCUAAAUGAUUUUUCUUCAAUAUUUUUUACAAAAUAUUGAAGUUAUACUAAAAUUAAUCUAAAAUUGGGUAAUUUUAUUAGUGCUUUGCUAAGAAUAAAAACGAGUUCUUGCCGUAUUGUGACGUCAAUUUCGCGGAAGGUCUUGGCUUCAACGAUUCGGUACAAGGCGUGUCUAUCAGUUUUUAUGGUCUAAGGUAUUUUUCACCCCCGAGAAGGGGGUAUUCCCCUUCAUUUUACAAAAAUCAUGGGGUGUAGAAUUGUAAACUUUUUCUUAUGUGAUAAUAGACAAUUUCAACUGGGGUCCGGACAAAUAAUCCCGGACAAAAAAGCCCCACAAAUUAUCCCUGGACAAAAAAUCCCCGGACAAAAAUCCCCGGACAAAUAUUCCCCGGACAAAAAAUCCCGGACAUAUAAUCCCCACACACAAAUUUUGUUGGACUAAAUAUCCACACAAAAAUCCCGGACAAAAAAUCCCCAAGAAAUAUUUGCUGCCUAAUAGUUAUCUAAAAGUUUUCCAAAAAUAACAAAUUUCGAAUUCCAAUUCCAUGCUGAAAACUUCAAGUUUUACAUGACAAAAGAGUGCGAGUUUUUUCAAGAAUUGUGGAAGAUAUGGGGAAUGAGCUGAGGCCCCGUUUUCAUGUCAGGCGCUUAAGGCGCGUUUUGAAAACGCGCGAUUACAACUACAUACAUUUUACUGAAGACCUUUCACAUGCUAACGCGCGUUUUAGGUCAUUAAGACGCGCGUUGGCAUGUGAACGGUCUCAAGUAAAAUGUAUGUAGUUGUAACCGCUCGUUAUCAAAAUGCGCGUUAAGCGCCUGUCAUGAAAACGGAGCCUUAGCUCAUUCCCCAUAUUUUCCACGAUUUUUGAAAAAACUCACACUUUUUUGUCCUGUAUAAACAAAUAAAUUUAACAAAAAUAUAACACAAAUAAACUGGACUAGCAUGAAACUGGAAUUCGAAAUUUGUUAAAAUUUCAGGAAAACUUUUAGAGAACUAUUCGACAGCAAAUAUUUCUUGGGGAUUUUUUGUCCGGGAUUUUUGUGGGGAUUUUUUGUCCGGGGAUUAUUUGACCGGGAAUUUUUUGUCCGGGGAUUUUUUGUCCGGGAUUAUUUGUCCGGGUGUUUUUUGUCCUAGCUUCUUUCAACUACCUGUUCCCAAAUUUUCAUACUUCCUUUACUUUUUUUUGAUCAGAUUGUUCUUUGAUUGGGCUAUCAUUGUCAAUCGAACUGACAAGAACCGUGUGUUUUAUUCGAGAAAGGAAACCAUGUUGCUCUUUAAGUAUUUAAUAUGAAUAUAUUAUUAUCAACUUAGAAUCGCACUCCUCUUCUUCUUCUUCUUCAGCCUGUGUUCGUCCACUGCUGGACAUAGGCCUCUUCCAUUUGCUUCCUUCGAUUUCUACUCUUGGCAAUUCUCGUCCACUGUUUGCCCGCGACUUGUUUGAUAUUAUCUGCCCACCUCUUCUGCGGUCUGCCUACUCCUCGCCUGUUCUCUCUUGGUCUCCAGUUUGUUAGUCUCUGUGUCCAUUUUUCGGGAUUAUCUCGGGCAACAUGUCCGACCCAUUGGCACUUGAGCCUUGCUAUACGUUCUGCGACAUCAGUAAUCUUUGUUCUUUCACGAAUGUCGAUAUUUCGAAUUUUGUCUCUCAAACUAAUCCCUAGCAUGGCCCUCUCCAUCGCUCUUUGUCCUUAUAUAGUUACAGGCAAGAUAAAUUUGUCAUAAACUCUACGUUUUAGACACAUUGGUAUAUCUCUAUUCUUCAAGAUAAAGCUUAACUUGCCGAAAGCUACCCAAGACAAUUGUAUGCGUCUUUUUAUUUCGGCUAUUUGGUUUUCUUUGCCGAUUUUAAUGGUAUGUCCAAGAUGUAUAUAGUGGUCUACAUUUUCAAGACUGACGUUGUCAAUAACAAGAUUAGUUUGUACAUUACUCAUUAUUUUUGUUUUCUGAAGAUUCAUUUUGAGACCUAUUUUAUUUGACUGCUGGUUUAGCUCCUUCAUCAUUUGCUCCAGUUCCUUGAUAUCUGUACUGAAUAAUACUAUGUCGUCCGCAAACCUCAAAUGACUCAAACGUACACUAUCAAUGUUUAGACCUUUUUCCUCCCAGUCGAGCUGUUUGAAUACAUUUUCCAAUGCUAAGGUAAAAUGUUUUGGUGAAAUAGUAUCACCUUGUCUAAUACCUUUACCAAGGCGUAUUUUUUCGGUUUUUUGGUCUUCAUUAAUUUUGAUGUGGAAUGUGGCCUAUUCAUAAAUGUUUUUAAUGAGUGUAGUGUACCGUAAGUCUAUUCGAGCAUCCCUGAGGGCUGACAAAAAGGACCAGGUUUCAAUACUAUCGAAAGCCUUGUGAAAGUCAAUAAAUGUCAUAUGUAAGGGUACAUUAUAUUCUGUGGUUUUUUCUACCAGUGUUCUGAUGGUUUGUAACUGAUCGUUAGUACCAAACCCUUUUCGAAAUCCCGCCUGUUCAACCGGUUGAUAUAAAUCAAGUUUUUGUGUUAUGCGGUUGGUUAUUAUUCUUGUUAGCAAUUUGUAUAAAUGUGACAACAAACUUAUAGGCCUGUAGUUUUCAAUAUUAGUAGUGUCUCCUUUCUUGUGUAAAAGUAUUAUUUCGGCGCUUUCCCACAGAUUGGGUAUUCUUUUCUCUUUUAGACACCCAUUCAGCAAGACUUCCACAACCUCUACAACGGUGUUGCCACCCAUUUUUAACAUUUCAGACGUUAUAUGAUCCUCGCCAGGAGCUUUUUUAUUCCUCAUUUGCUGUAAGGCAUGUCUAAUUUCCGAAGAAGUUAUUUUAGGGAGAGUUUCCGAGCCGACGUUUAGAAUUGUUCUAUGGCCUGUUCCGGGGUUCUGUAUAGUGGAUGUUAGUGUGACCAACUCCAAUUCAGUAGAAUCCGGGACAAGGCUGAAAAAAUACCUGAAAUCCGGGACUUUUCAAUGAAAAUCGGGCCAUUUUUUUAGAAGACGAUAAUUAAAAUACAGAAACGAAAAAAAGUCCACCGUUUUAGUUUUCGUAGAACUAUAAUAUCACGAUAUAAAAUGCAUGCAUUUUGGAUGUGUUAUAAGUAUUACACUCUAGAAAUUGUCCAAUUUUUUUCGUCCCACCAAUUCAAUUUGAUGUGAAUUCAUAGAAGAAUAACGCAUUCAAAAUUUCAAAGUACAAUUUUACCAAAACUUUGAAAAUUCGGAUGGCCCGGAAGCCUUGCCCGGGACGCUGGGACACGACUCCGUAAUUCGGGCCAUGUCCCGGAUUUUUCGGGCUAGUUGGUCACACUAGGAUGUAUAAAGAUUCUUGUAGAACGUUUGUAUUUCCUUGAUUAUUUGAGUUUUUUCCGUCACCGUAUUCCCCUGUUGGUUUUUGAUUUUAGUUAUCUUCGAUUUUCCUUUAGUUAAAUUUGAUUUCAAUACUCUCAUGUUUCUAUUGUCUUCAAUGGUUUGCAAUAUUUGUUUUGUUUUAUAAGCCCGCAAGUCCAACCUUAGGCUCUUUUUAACUUUAUUGUUGAUAGCCUUAUAUUCUGGUAAUUCUUUAGAUGUUCUUCUUCUUUCUUCCAUUAAAUCCAGUGUUGUUUGUUUAAGUUUCGUUUUUCUCGGAUUUUUAUUUUUACCACAGAUCUUUUUUGUAGUUGAUGUUAUGUCAUUCGUUAAUUUUUGUGUUAUUUCAUUUAUAUCUUUCGUGGUGAAUACUGGUAAAGGUCCUAGUUUCUUUUUUAGUUCACUUUGAUAUUCCUCUUGAUUCAUUUCGAGUGCUUCUAUGUUUGGUAAUUUAUCCUGUGUUAAUAAUUUUCUUCUAUCGAAUUUCGUAUUUACUUCUAUUCGCACCCUAACUAAUCGAUGGUCACUACCAGUGUCGACAGAAUUUAGUACAGUAACAUCUUUAGCAAUGUUUUUGAAGUUAGAGAGUAUAAAGUCAAUUUCAUUUUUUACUUUGCCGUCUGGGCUGUGCCACGUCCAUUUUCUCUGCAUCUUUUUCUUGUAGAAUGUGUUUAAGCAGAAUAGCUUUUCUUUGCUGAGGAAAUUUGCGAGCAUAUCUACUCUAUGUGAUUUCUACUUCCCAGUCCAAAAUUUCCAAUAUAUUCGUUGUCGUUGUUAUUUUCGUUCUUUCCUAUUUUAGCGUUGAAAUCUCCCGUAAUUAUUACGUAAUAUGUUUUCUCUAGGUUUCUGGCUCUUGUAAUGUCUUCAUAAAGUUGUUCUACCUCUUCAUCAUCUGCAGAAGAUGUUGGCGCAUAACAAUGGAUUAUUUGAAUGCUGUAUCUACAAUUUAGUUUUAUUAUCAGAUAGAUAACUCUAUUAGAAAUCGCUUGGAAUUUAGUUACCAUGUUUUCAAUUCUUUUAUGUACCAAAAAGCCUACGCCUCCUAUACCUUGGUAAUUUCCUGAAUUGUAUUGUUACAAAGUGUGCCUUUAUUUUAGUAGAGUCGUUUCUUCGCCUUUAAGCCUUGUCUCGCAUAAGCCUACUACGUCCCAUUUUAUGGUCUUAAGUUCUUCUUGCAACUCUUCUAGGUUAUCUUCUGUCCUCAUCGUUCUGAUGUUAUAUGUUCCGAUGUGCAUUUUGUGUGUACUAAGCGAAUUCUUGCCUCCCCCAGAUUCCACGAGGCAGACCCAUUUCUGGGUGUGGGACUUGGCAUAACAUACCGUACCCACCUGGGGACCAUAUCCGUUCGUUUAAUAUUCGCCAUUUCUAUGUAGUUGGAAGGAUGAGUAGCCUUAAAACACCACGCUGGCUAGACGGGUUGGUGAGUUUUAUAUCAGCCGCCCACUCUGGGUCAGACGCUGUUCGUAGCCGUCCAUUCCGGAUCAGACGCUACGGUUUUGAUUCUAUAUUACCCCUAUAAUCGAGGGUUGCCACUUCCGCCAUCCACACCGUACCGAAGCUCCGCUUCUCCGCCAUGUCUGCCGUUGUGGACUUCAUCCGUAACCCUGGACAAGGGACCCUAAACAGGUACUAGUUUCCCGGGUAAGGAAACCCCCGGAAUCUGCGAGGGGCAGGGAUUGAUUCAUUUCCCCUGAUAGGACUAUCUUCAAUAAUUUAAAGAGUUCCUACUCGCUACCCUCGAAUCGCACUACUUAUUACAAAUGUAACCAUAAAACUCUAUAUUUUGAUGUCACCAUUACAACUAGUGUGCUGGUUUCAUUUACUGUACGGAAUGCAGUGAGGAUGAUCUGAAUCACAUCGAAAACGUUUUGAUGUUUUACUUCAUUUGGACGACACUUUUUUAAAAAGUUUUAAUAAAAUUUUUAUAUCAUUAUACAAAUUGAAGUUCUUACUUCUUUGUAAGUUUUAUAACUAUGGUAUGGUCCUUUUCAUAGGCAUUUUUCAGUGCGUCACAAAUGAUAGAAAAAAGGUAAGUCCGUAAUAAUACACAUUUAUAACAUUUAUUCUAACAUGACAUUUUAGUUAAAUCUGACAGCUGUCACAUUUUAUUUGCAAUUUGGCAUAAAAACAAAUCAAUUGUGUUUAUUGAAUUAAUAAAAUGGUAUUUUCUUUGAUUUGUAUAGUCUUAUAUAAAUUGUACUGAUUAUAUUCGUAGAUAUAUUAUUAUAUAAUUCGUAAAUAUUUUUUUUCGAUUAUAGCGCUAUCUAUCGACAACUAGAAUAAAUGUUAUAAGUGUCUGUAAUCACGGACGUGCCUUUUUUUCUGUCACAUACAAUUUAAUGCGUUAGAAAGAAAUCGAAAAACUGUGACGCACUGAAAGAUGCCUAUGAGAAAAAGAGUAUACAGCCAGCUAUUGGGAUUUUCCCUUUAAUUUAUAAUAAUGUUUAGUUUUCAGCUCUUCUAAUAUUUAAAGUUUGUACCACAUAUAUUAUUUCGGAAACAUUUAUACUACUUUAAAAUGUUUGGUUUUGUAUUUAGCAACGUGUUUUUAUUAUUUUAGAAAUAGUUCUAAUCAAAUUAAUUCAAAAUGUUUAAUAUGUUUAGGAAAUUGCAUGCACAAAAAUAUUAUUUUUAACUAUUACCUAAAUUUAUUUCGUAUACACAAUCUUCUAUUUAUGACUUAGUUUGA